AAAUUAGUCUAUGGUUGGAAAUAAGAGUUGAACAAGGUGUGUGUGUGUUAAAAAAGCAUUUUAUUUUCGUUUACUGAAUGCACAUCGCACUAAUUACGUUUAAUGGGAAAUUCACACCACAAGAGCGUUGAAAACAGGAACCAGAAGCAUUCAGUGCACGCGAGGGACGGCCAAGCGUAUACGAGUCAGUUCAGUUUGUCCCAUUUCGUCGGCAACCUCAGCGGACGUUCCUUCGCCAGCGUAACAAGCGGUCAGUCAGUUUACAGCGCAUCGCGGCCUUGGUCCCGGGUCUCCAGGCGAAGAUGGAAUGACUCAACGUUGAAGAACCCAUUGGAAGCAAGUAAGACAGCUUGGCCUGUCGCUCACAAGGAGUCAAUAUUCCUGCCCGAAUUCCCCAUAACUACUGAUCUCAUACAAAAAGAUUUUGAGAUUAUCGCAAGUAUUGCAAAAGGGGCUUUCGGUGAAGUUUUGAAAGUCAACAAAUUGAGUGAGAACAAGGAGUAUGCACUGAAAGUUCUGCAUAAAGCACAGAUAGUAAGCGAAAAUGCGGUGAGACAGGUGAAAGAGGAGGCUCGAAUACAGGCGGCGGUGGGACACCACAUCUUCAUAGCUGGGGCCGUGUCGCGGUGGCAGACCAAGAAAAGACUGUAUAUUGUUUCAGAAUACAUUCCUGGCGGGGAGCUGUUAGCUUUAAUAGAUAAGUACUCGAAGUUACCAGAGGAACUGGUGAAGAUAUUGCUAGCAGAGAUCGCUGUAGCUAUAGAUUUCCUGCACAAUGCUGGUGUGAUAUAUCGAGAUCUCAAACCGGAAAAUAUACUCUUAGAUUCAGACUGUCACGUACAACUGGUGGACUUCGGCCUGUCCAAGUGGCUGUCUGUCGGAGCGCGCACCACCACGCUCUGCGGCACCCUCAAAUACAUGGCCCCGGAAGUGAUGCAGCGCGACCCGUAUGGACACUCAGCAGACUGGUGGUCCCUCGGCGUACUUACCUGUCGAAUGCUAACCGGAGAGUUUCCGACGCCUGCGGUGCGUAUGUCAGCAAUACGCGACGAAGAGCGUCUUACGUCAGCAAGCCUCACUGACAGAAGUGACACAAACGACAGCGUGAUGCAACAGUCGACCCCUAUUCUACCUAAGCCAGGUGCUUUGCCGGACAGUGCUACUAAACUUUCAAAACCAGCGAGAGCGCUUUUGAUAAGAUUAUUAGAAACGGAACCUAAAGUGCGGCUACGGAGUCUUCGGCAGUUACAACAAACCGCAUUUUAUCUAGGAUUUAAUUUCGAGCAUGUAAAAGCGAAAAAGCUUUCACCUAAACGAGUUUUAGAAAAUCACAUACAAACCAUGAGGCCUGCCGUUUCGAAUGAAGAAAAUAACUGUGAAUUUAUAGAAUUUGAUCAAGAAGCGAUGGUGUUAUAAUCUAUAGUGUAAUUAAAAUAUUUAGUUUUUAAUCAACUCUCUUCUGUACCAAUGCAGAUAUUCUAAGAAUCUCACUGACAGUAAUAUUAUGUAAAAACAUUAAUCUAUAUUAUUAUUAGUAUAAUAACAGAGAGUCAGAGUAUAUCAUUAUCAUCAUUAUCAACCCACAUUCGGCUCACUGCUGAGCUCGAGUUUCCUCUCAGAAUGAAAGGGGCAACAUCACACAAGCCGAGAAUUAAGAAAAUUCUCUGGAGUGCAGGUCUCCUCAUGAUUUUUUGCCUUCACCGUUUGAGACACGUGAUAUUUAAUUUCUUAAAAUGCUCACAACUGAAAAGUUGGAGGUGCAUGCCCCGAACCGGAUUCGAACCCACACCCUCCGAAAUCGGAGGCAGAGGUCAUCAUAUCCACUGGGCUAUUAUGGCAGAGUAUACACAAGAAUUUUAUGUACCUACAUAAUAAUAAAAGACCCUCACAUAUUUAGUUGUUGUAUAAAUUUAGUUGUAUAAUUGUUAUUUAGUUCUGAAAUAAAAUGAAAUAUUGACUAUCUGGAA